AAUAUAUUAUUCUUUUCUCGGAUUAUGUUAUCCUUUUCUCGGAUUAUGUUAUUCUUUUCUCGGAUUAUAUUAUCCUUUUCUCGGACUAUAUUGUCUGUUCUACUAUGGUUCGAGUUCAUGUUGAAUUUCUUUUCUUUUUUGCUUUCUAAAGUUUCUUAUAUCAAUUUAAUUUAUAAUCCAAAUUUAAUUGCUUUACGUUAUUUAUUAUAAAGGUAUAAUUCUUUAAAACAUCCAAAGUC